AUGAUUCCUUCCACCGACGAUGAUAGCCUGCCCGAAACAUCCCCUCUCCUGAAACCAUCUCGAAUCUUAUACGAACCAUCAGAAACACCAGAAGAACAGCUUGGUCACGUUUUCUCUAAUAUCGGACGAGAUAUUAACAAGAUCGGCAUGCAACCAAAGAUUACACAUCACAAGCUCCCCGUCAAACAUCACAGGUUUGAGGAACAACCUCUACUGGGAGAUCGGCUUGCAUCGACGAUAAUCAAGUUCAUAGGAGCAAAUGUAGCUAUCGCGCGCGAAGGAUCUGCACGGCCUGGUUUGCAUGACCAGCUUGUGGAAGCAGCGAUUUUGGAGAUCUCAGAUCCUGCUUUUCACGCGUACUGCAAUUAG